CAUGGCAGAGGAUACCUUAAGGAAAACAAUAUGGCGGAGGCGGGGGAAUCUAAAGAGAACCCGUUUUCUUUUAAAACCUUUGUGAAAACCAAACAAGAUACGACAAGUCCAAAAACUAACAAAGCUCAAGGUAAACAGAAGUCUAAAGAUUCUGCUGUGAAUCUGCGUAACAAGAAUAAUUUUAAAGAGGAGGCACCUUUUCCGGAAGUCGACAAACAAGGUACGACAAUCAUAUUUCACGACUAUUUCUUUCUUCUUUGCUCCCGAGGCCACCUGACAGUUUCCAACCAAUCACGACACAAUUUCGAAAGAAAACUACCUGACGAAUUUAUCAUUGAUGACGAAGUCCAUGAGGUGAAGACAGAUCAAGAAAAUGGAGAUGAAAGAGAACAAAUUGAUACCUCAGACCAAAAGAUCGUUCGAAAAAGUGAUUCAGAAAGCACAGAGACUGAUGACAGUGAGAAUGAAUCUGAAGACAGUUUUAAUUCCUCUGCUCAGUCACCAGUAUCAGGAAGUAUCAAUUACUUUGUAGCACCGCUAGAAAGUUCUGAAACUCAGGCCAUGGUAAUUGAGGAAUUGAAUCAGCUUAAAGAAGAAAAUGAAAGGCUUAGAAGAGACCUGCAAGAAUCAAACCAAGCAAGAGAUGAAGAGAAGAAAAGGGUUGUAAGUUUGCAGAGGAAGCUGGCAAAGAUUGAGAAAAGAGAGGCUGAUGAAACAGCAGCCCUGGAAAAUAUGGUACACAUGGUUGAGAAAAAUCUGGAACUUACUACGCAAAGAGCUCUCAGAGCAGAAGCAACAGUUGCAAAAUUAAAGGAAGAAGUAACCAUAUUAAAGACUGAGUCUGUUCCCAUAGCAACAUAUAAUCAACUCCUGGAUGCCAAUCACUGUACAAUGACAGCUGUCAGAGAUAAAUCCAGAGCUGCCGCAGAUCAAAUGAAUGUCGCAGCAAAGAAUGCAGAGCAGGCAGUAAGGCAACUGCUAUCUGGUGUAGACACACUAAAGUUUAUAUCACAGCAACUGGACACCAUUGACAGAAUAACAGAGGUUCAUGUUCAUCCAGAAGACAGAUAACGACAACUUAACUAGUCAGUCUUUUUACAAACAAGUUGGUCCCAAGCCAAACCUGAGUCGGCGAUCACUUCUAUGAAACAAGGACAACCAGUGUAAACUACAUGUUUCAGAGCAAGCUUCUCUUUUUGCAGGGGUGAAAUGAUUAUAAAUGUUCAUGGAUGAGGGAUUUCUUUCAUCCUGAAUGUGGCCUUAAAAUUAUGAUAUGAACAUGACAGACAGAACCUGGAAGUGACUGAAAGUUUGACAAGUGACUGUUUUUUUCAAAGUUGGUUUCUGAUUGGCUGAGGAGUGCCUUGGAUUAUUGUUCGACAGACAGUCCUGAGAAUCUGUAAGCCAUAUUUCAUGGAACAUUGCUAUGAAAAAUUUACUGUCAGGUGAUAGAAAUUUCAAGCUCAUAGCAUAACUUGGAAAAAGAUGGCCAGUGAAUCCAUACCUUCUGAAAAGACCACAUCAAAUUUUGGCGUAAAACUAUUAGUUAUUUAUUCAGGGCAGGAAAAAACCCAGGUUCAAUAGGCUGGGGCAAGUAAAUUUUGCUCUUGGGCAAGUGAAAAUGGUGAUGGUCUGGUGAGCAAGUGAAAUUAGCCUCAGUAGUCUUGUUACAGUCCAUCAGUGAUUACAGACGGUACCUAGCAAAUGGUGUAGUUGAUAAGGCAUGAAUAGUGUGCACCUAUUGGGCAAGUACUAUUUUAGUGUGGGAAACUGAAAUUUACUGACCCUCUGGGCAACUGGAUUUCGAUUUUUAUCUCCUGCUCUGCUGUCUCUUAGUUGUAUUAAGGUAUUUUCAUAUUUAUCUGGCACCAAGUCUGUGUUGGAGAAAUUCUAGUUUACUUACUUUCCACUUUAUCAUAGACUACAAAGGAAAGUGUCCAUCAUUUUUGCAGUGCAAUCCAUAUAAGCUGAAACAUUCACUCUCAGCAAAAAGUUGAAGCAAAAUUAUUGGCCAGACAUAACAGGAAAAAGAUUCCUGAAACAGGAAACAGUUCUCUCUGGAACAAUAUUUUAAAGGAAAAUAUUGGUGAAGCUAAUUCACAAGUAGUUGCAAAUUUGAACUGCUUAAACAUUAGCUUCUUUUCACAAGAGAAGUUUACCAAUGUAAUAAAAUUCAAAUGUAUUUUCUCAUCCUCAAUAAACUGAUGGUCAUGGGGAAAGAAAUGAAAUUUGUUUUAUUUUUCCAAAAAAACUGUCAAAAAUUAAUUUUAAUAAUAAUAAUUGCCAUUUUUACAUAGUGAAUAUAACUGUGUGAAGUUGUUCUGCAUUGAUUGACUAACAUCAAUGGACUGUUUUUGUUGUGAUGUCAUUUGAAUUACCAGAAUUAAUCUCAAUAAAUUGGCAUUAUUACAGGACACAUUUAAAUGAUCCAUUUCAACACAGUGGCUAGGAGUUGCGACAGGCUAAAAGUCAGCCUGCUGGUCUCUGGAUCAAGCAAUCCGGGUUCGAGCCCUGCCCAGGGUCAUUGUGUUGUGCUCUUGGGCAAGACACUGUACUCUCACAGUGCCUCUCUCCACCCAAGUGUAUAAAUGGUUACUGGCAAAUUGAAUAAUAGGGGGUAGCCCUGGGAUGCAUCCCAUCCAGGGGGGGGGGGUAUAAAUACUUUGUCACUGUUUUAUUUUCUGUGAAAUGUGAUUUAGUUCCUGCCACUCUUUUACCACCCUGAGUAUUCACAUCAUCAGCAAAUAAUGUAAGCUAAGGCCCUGAUGGUAAAUGAUUACUUUUGUAAAUACAGUUAGUAUUAAAGGGCCACAGUCAGCUGGCGCACAUGCGCAUUAGAUUACAUUUCAUUGCUAAUUUGCAUAUCACAGACAUGAUCCAUACUGUUUUUAACCA